UUUUUCUCUAAUUCCCUCUGUAUCUAAUCAACAUGAACGUAAUUUAUUUAUAAUUUUCAUGGGGUAUUGUUCAAUGUUCGUGAAGAUACACGUGGAUUUGUUUUGUGAACUAGUCAAUCUCCAAUUUUUAUGGGGUACUAUUCUUUUGGGUCGUGAUCAGAACUUUGUGAUGGAUCCGUUCAAUUCCGUGAUUUUUCGGUUUGAUUUUAUUUUAUGCUUCAGAAUUGGUGAAUUGAGAAAGCCUGAUUACGAUUACGCACUGUGUGUUGUGUAAUGGCUCAUAAGAAUGUAGAGAAAUUGGCAUCGAUUGAUGCUCAAUUGAGGCUUUUAGUCCCUGGAAAAGUUUCCGAAGAUGAUAAGCUUAUCGAGUAUGAUGCUUUGCUUUUGGACAAGUUUCUCGAUAUUCUCCAGGAUUUACACGGGGAGGUUCUCAAAGAAACAGUUCAAGAAUGCCAUGAGCUUUCUGCUGAGUAUGAAUCAAAGCAUGACCCCAAGAAGCUGGAGGAACUUGGAAGUGUGCUGACAAGUUUAGAUCCUGGUGAUUCCAUUGUCAUUGCAAAGGCUUUCAGUAACAUGCUUAACUUGGCCAAUCUGGCAGAAGAGGUUCAGAUUGCUCAUCGCCGGAGGAUCAAACUGAAGACGGGUGAUUUUGGUGAUGAGGCUAUGGCAACAACUGAAUCUGACAUCGAAGAAACUCUCAAACGUCUUGUGCAUAAGCUUAAGAAGUCUCCUGAAGAGGUUUUUGAUGCACUAAAGAACCAAACAGUUGAUUUGGUCUUAACUGCUCAUCCAACUCAAGCUGUUCGGAGAUCUUUGCUUCAAAAGCAUGGAAGGAUUCGGGACUAUCUGGCCGAGUUAUAUGCCAAAGACAUCACUCCUGAUGAUAAGCAGGAACUGGAUGAGGCUUUGCAGAGGGAAAUUCAAGCUGCUUUCCGCACAGACGAGAUUCGUAGAAAUCCUCCAACCCCACAAGAUGAAAUGAGAGCUGGAAUGAGCUACUUCCAUGAAACAAUUUGGAAAGGCGUUCCUAAAUUCUUGCGUCGUGUUGACACAGCUCUUAAGAACAUCGGGAUCAAUGAACGUGUUCCAUACAAUUCCCCUCUUAUACAAUUCUCUUCGUGGAUGGGUGGUGAUCGUGAUGGUAAUCCUAGGGUAACUCCUGAGGUGACAAGGGAUGUCUGCUUACUUGCUAGAAUGAUGGUUGCAAACAUGUACUUUUCCCAGAUAGAGGAUCUAAUGUUUGAGUUAUCCAUGUGGCGAUGUAGCGAUGAACUUCGAUUUCGAGCUGAAGAACUUUAUAGAUCAGCAAGGAGAGAUGUGAAACACUACAUAGAGUUCUGGAAACAGGUUCCUCCCACCGAACCUUACCGUGUUAUUCUUGGUGAUGUGAGGGACAAGUUAUAUAAUACACGUGAACGCUCCCGUCAUCUAUUAGCCCAUGGGUUUUCUGACAUUCCAGAGGAGCAUGCUUAUACCAGCAUUGAACAGUUCUUGGAACCUCUUGAGCUAUGCUACAGAUCGCUAUGUAUGUGUGGUGACCGCGUGAUUGCCGAUGGAAUCCUUCUUGAUUUCUUAAGGCAAGUAUCCACAUUCGGGCUCUCACUUGUGAGACUUGAUAUACGUCAAGAAUCUGAGCGCCACACAGACGUCCUUGAUGCCAUCACUCAACAUUUGGAGAUUGGCUCUUAUCGCGAAUGGUCUGAAGAAAAGCGUCAAGAAUGGCUUCUAGAAGAGCUUCGCGGAAAACGUCCUCUUUUUGGUCCCGAUCUCCCACAAACUGAGGAAAUUGCAGAUGUUUUGGAUACAUUCCAUGUGUUAGCGGAACUCCCAUCGGACUGUUUUGGUGCUUACAUUAUCUCCAUGGCUACAUCCCCUUCUGAUGUGCUUGCUGUUGAGUUGCUUCAACGGGAAUGCCAUGUAAAGCAACCGUUGAGGGUGGUUCCACUUUUUGAGAAACUUGCAGAUCUCGAUGCGGCUCCUGCUGCCGUGGCCCGUCUUUUCUCGAUCGAGUGGUACAGAAACCGGAUUGAUGGUAAACAAGAAGUUAUGGUUGGGUAUUCGGAUUCAGGAAAGGAUGCUGGAAGGCUUUCUGCUGCGUGGCAACUGUACAAGGCUCAAGAAGAGCUUAUAAASGUUGCKAAAAAGUWYGGAGUUAAGCUCACCAUGUUCCAUGGGCGCGGUGGAACCGUCGGGAGAGGGGGUGGACCGACCCAUCUGGCUAUACUUUCCCAACCACCGGAGACCAUUCAUGGGUCCCUUCGAGUCACAGUUCAAGGUGAGGUUAUAGAACAGUCUUUUGGUGAAGAACAUUUGUGUUUUAGAACACUUCAGAGGUUCUGUGCAGCUACCCUUGAGCACGGGAUGAAUCCCCCUAUCUCACCUCGACAGGAAUGGCGUCAACUUAUGGACAAUCUCGCAAUCUAUGCAACUGAACAGUAUCGUUCGAUCGUUUUCAAGGAACCACGGUUUGUCGAGUAUUUCCGCCUUGCCACACCCGAAUUGGAGUACGGGCGGAUGAACAUUGGGAGCCGCCCGUCCAAACGGAAGCCAAGCGGAGGCAUAGAAUCGCUCAGAGCAAUUCCAUGGAUCUUUGCCUGGACUCAAACGAGGUUCCAUCUCCCCGUUUGGCUCGGCUUUGGUGGUGCAUUCAAGAAAGCCAUUGAAAAAGACGCCAAGAGUCUUUUAAUGCUACAGGAGAUGUACAAAACAUGGCCUUUCUUCAGGGUCACUAUCGAUUUGGUCGAAAUGGUGUUCGCCAAAGGAGACCCUGGUAUCGCUGCUUUAUACGACAAACUGCUCGUUUCUAAUGAUUUGUGGUCUUUCGGAGAAUCCUUACGGGCAAACUAUGUUGAAACCCGGAAUCUCAUCCUUCAGAUUGCUGGACAUAAGGAUCUUCUUGAGGGCAAUCCCUUCUUGAAACAAAGGCUUCGAUUGCGUGAUUCAUACAUCACGACUUUGAACGUAUGCCAAGCGUACACGCUAAAACGGAUUCGUGAUCCAAACUAUCAUGUGAAGUUAAGGCCUCAUAUCUCUAAAGACGGUCCGGAACCAAGUAAACCGGCGGAUGAACUCAUCAAACUGAACCCGACAAGCGAGUACGCACCCGGUUUGGAGGACACACUCAUCUUGACCAUGAAGGGUAUUGCUGCCGGAAUGCAGAACACCGGUUAACCAUUGGACUUCUUUUACCACAUUCUUACGAAAUUAAGUUUAUCGUCUUCUUAACCCUUUCUAAUUUCCCGAAAGGCGUUAUCCCUCGCUAUAGAUAGGUUGUUACCGACAGUUCUUGAGUUAUUUGGUUGUCGGGUGGUCGCAUGCCGGAAAAUUAUGCGAACCCCUCGUUAUCGGCUUCGUUUUUUUAUCAAUGAAAUGGUUCCAUCGUUGCUAUGAAUAAAUGUACGGUAUCAAACAAUCGAUGUUACAACCUCAACUGCCAU